GGGGCUAGCUGUCAGACUUCUGCAGUUCGCUACAAUGAUCUAGCCGUUCCGGGUCACAUGGGCUCCGCCUCUGAGCGGCGUUGCCAGGUUUCAGGAUCCCGGAAGCGGAUCUGAGCGCAGCUGCUGUUGUGGCUGCUUCUUUCCAUGGUUUGACGGCCAAUGAUGGCGGGGCAGGAAGAGCAGGAAGCCUGGGACAGGCUCGCACUAUGGGAUCGUGGGCAACAGCCGCUGGCCCUGCUCACAGACCGGCAGACUGACUCUGUUCUAGAAAUGAAGGCUGCUGCUGAAGAUCUGCCUGUCCCUGCGGAGCUUCCAAUUGAAGAUUUAUGCAGCUUAACGUCCAGAUCAUUGACAGUAACAUUGUCUGCAGCUGUUCCUGAAUCUACAGAGGACAUCCUCCAGCAAGGGUUUUCUAUGUUAGGGAUGGAAGAAGACAGAAUUGAAACUGCACAGCAAUUCUUUUCAUGGUUUGACAAGUUGCAGAUCCACAUGGAUCAUGAUGGGAGUGCAAAGUACAGAGAAAUGCGAGAAUACUUGGCUGGGUUUCAGGAGCAGUGCAAUGCAAUACUGAAUGAUGUUAACGUGGCACUGGAUCAUUUAGAGUCUCUUCAGAAACAAUAUCUCUUUGUAUCAACCAAAACAGGAACAUUGCAUGAAGCUUGUGAGCAGCUCCUGAAAGAACAGUCCGAAUUUGUUGAGCUAGCAGAAAACAUUCAGCAGAAACUCUCAUAUUUUAAUGAAUUAGAAAAUAUAAACACGAAAUUAAACUCCCCUACAUUGUCUGUAAAUAGUGAAGGAUUCAUCCCCAUGCUUACAAAACUAGAUGACUGCAUUUCCUACAUUUCUGCACAUCCAAACUAUAAAGAUUAUCCUAUUUUUAUGGCAAAAUUUAAGCAAUGUCUUUACAAAGCUAUGCAUCUUAUGAAGAAUUACACUGUGAACACACUUCAAAACCUCACCAGCCAGUUGAUUAAAAGGCAGGAUUCAUCAAAUGCAUCAACUACUGACAACGCCUUCACACUGUUUUAUGUCAAAUUUAGAGCAGCAGCACCCAAAGUCAAGACCCUAAUCGAGCAAGUAGAGCAGCGAUCUGAGAAGAUACCUGAGUAUCAACAGUUGCUAAGUGAAAUACAUCAGUGUUAUUUGGAUCAGCGCGAGAGUCUGCUUAGUCCAAGCAUCACUACCACAAUUACAGAUCUUACCAGCCAGAACAACAGAGAUCACUGUGCAUUGGUACGUAGUGGUUGUGCGUUCAUGGUCCAUGUAUGUCACGAUGAACAUCAGCUUUACGAUGAAUUUUUCACCAAACCAACACCAAAAUUGGAUGUGCUUCUAGAGAAACUCUGUUUGUCUCUCUAUGAUGUCUUCCGGCCACUGAUUAUUCACGUCGUCCAUUUAGAAACAUUGUCUGAGCUAUGUGGAAUCCUUAAGAUUGAGAUGCUGGAAGACCACGUGCAGAACAAUGUGGAUCACCUGGAGGCUUUUGCUGCAGUGGUAAAACAGAUGUUAGAAGAUGUCCAGGAGAGACUCGUCUACAGGACACACAUAUACAUUCAGACAGACAUCUUGGGUUACAAGCCAGCUCCAGGAGACCUUGCAUAUCCUGACAAGCUAGAGAUGAUGGAGAAAAUUGCACAGAGUAUUAAAGAAGAACAACAAAGGUUACAUUCUGCGGAGGCUUCUUUUUCAGAUGUCCACCUAGAAGAUCCUGACUCCAAUAAUCUUAUAAAAAGUGGAUCUUCGGAAUCCUUAAGCCAAAAGUCUCAGAAUACAGUGUCCCCUGCCGACCUACAUGGGAUGUGGUACCCUACAGUGAGAAGGACGCUGGUCUGUCUUUCCAAGCUUUACAGAUGUAUUGAUAGGACGGUGUUUCAAGGAUUAUCUCAGGAGGCCUUGUCUGCAUGUAUCCAGUCACUGUUGGGAGCAUCUGAAGCAAUCGGCAAAAACAAGACCCAAAUCGACGGGCAGCUGUUCCUUAUUAAACACCUUCUAAUCCUGCGUGAGCAAAUUGCUCCCUUCCACACUGAAUUCACCAUUAAGGAAAUUUCCCUCGACCUCAAGAAAACAAGAGAUGCUGCAUUUAAAAUUCUCCAUCCCAGGACAGUUCCUGGGUUCUUCAGGUUGAACAGCAACAAUGCUCUCCUGGAGUUCCUGUUACAGGGAACCCCCGAAAUCAAAGAGCAUUUCAUUGACUCCAAGAAAGAUGUUGACCGUUACCUUAAGGCAGCGUGUGAGCAGUUUAUUCAGCAGCAGAGCAAGAUAUUUAUUGAACCAUUGGAAGACUUCAUGACAAAGGUUACUGCACUGAAAACCAUGGCCAGUCAAGGAGGGCCAAAAUAUAGUCUGUCACAGCAACCUUGGGCACAACCAGUGAAGAUAAAUGACCUUGUGUCUUCCACCUACAAGACAAUGAAAACCAAACUGCCAGUGACACUUCGCAGCAUGUCCUUGUAUUUGGCUAACAAAGAUACAGAGUUUAUCCUCUUUAAACCAGUCAAGAGCAAUAUACAACACGUGUUCCAGAAGAUUCACAUGCUACUAAAGGAUGAAUUCAGCAGUGAGGAUUUGCAGAUUAUUGCUUGUCCUUCAAUGGAACAGGUGAAUCUGUUGCUGUCUGUGACUACAUAAAGAAAUGUCUGUCUAUAUCCAUGCGGUACUGAGAAAGCAAAGCAGAAUUAAAGGAACGACUGCUCUGCAGCAUGCAGGCUCUAACAGGCGUCCAUGUCUACAGGAUGGAAUGAAGCAAGGAAGCCAUACCAAAGCAUUACUGUGUUUUCUGCAAAGCUUUUAGACAUGUUUCUUAAAGCAAACCCAAUACAGCGUUUUGCUCAGAGGUGGAAACAAAUGAAACUCACUUCCAUGUAUGCUUGGGUUUGCCAGGACAGGCUGCUAUACGGAACAUUGCGCAGGACAUGGGCACGAAGAAUAAACACAUGUUGGACUGCACUGACAGUGGUGGCUGCUUUGUAGUAAGGCUUUAAUAACUCAAUAAAAAGGGAUAUUUUAUUCUAAUCAAAUAGUUUAAAAUCUGACUUCAUAGUGCAUUAAACAAUAAAUAUCACUU